AUGAAUAGGUUUUGUGGAGCAUUUGAGUUAGCCUUAAGGGGUCACGAUGAAAAGGAAAAUUCGGAAAACAGUGGCAUAUUUAAGGAGCUGGUGAAUUUUAGCGCCGAAUUAGACAACGAAUUGAAAGUCCAUAUUAAAAGUGCCAAACUUUUCAAGGGUACCUCAAAAACAACUCAAAACGAGCUUCUUGAGUGCAUGCUAGAUGUUUAUCAUGAAGAAGUUAAGAAGGAGAUUGCAAAUUCUCCUUUUGUUGCAGUAAUUGCCGAUGAAACGACUGACGUAGCCUGUGAAUUUCAGUUAGUUAUUAUUUUCAGAUAUUUGUGUAAAGGACAACCAGUUGAGAGAUUUUGGAGAUUUUACGUCCCCGACGCUGCAUGCGUUUUAAAUGUUGUAAAUCCAUUACUAGAUCAAAAUCCAAACAAAUUAAUAGCUCAAAGCUAUGAUGGUGCGUCUGUUAUGAGUGGUGAAUUGAAUGGCGUUCAAAAAAUUAUUAAGGUAACUUAUCCACUUGCAAAUUAUGUUCAUUGCUAUGCACACCAGUUAAAUCUAAUUAUGACAAGCGCAUGCUCUGUCAAUAAGCAGGCUAGAAUAUUUUUCCAUAAUUUAUCUGGAUUGUGCUCUUUUUUCGACGUCUCCUCAAAGAACAAAAAUUUUGGAUGA